UGAGAGGCUUCCAGGUUGUUGCCAUGACUUCUCUGUUCAGAAACCGGUUCAAUGCUACAAGCUGUUGAACUUCACGUCGGGUUUGAGUGAACGUUAACCAGGUUUCUUUUUUUUUCUCCCAGCCUUACUUUGAGAUAAUUUAACAUCUUUGAACAGCAGUUUGUUUGGUAUCAAAACACAACAGGGCACGCUGGAUAAACAGCUGUACAGAGUGGAGAGGAAGUACAGCAUGGCCGAGAGAAAGCUCCAGGAGCAGAAGGAGAAGGAGAGGCAGAACAAGAAGUUCAUGGACGACUCGGAUCAGGGCCUGGCCCGGCUGGGAGACGAGCUGAAGGCCAAAGUGCUGCGCUUCGUCGGCAGGCUGCGGGAGUGCACGCGCACUCACUGCGACACCAACGGGCCGGCCAUCCAGAAGAACAUCUCCAGGAUCUGCCAGGACCAGGCCCGUCUGCAGGAGGUGCGCUGCGGCAUCGAGAGCCUCAUGCAGGAGAACGACCCUUUCCACUUCAUCCAGGCCUACAAGACAACAGGAAAACAGUGUCGUAGGCAGCUGAGGAAAAACAUGUUCUAUCCAGAAUAUGUGGACAUGGAGACCGAGGUUCUCGGGGUGAUGAUGGAGGAAGAGAUGAGGAAGUUCCUGGUUGAAGAACUCCCUGGUCAUAUUGUAGCAGCCAUCAGCACCUUGUGUCAUCUUUCAGAUCUCGAAGAGGAGGAGGAGGAGCAGGAGGAGCAGGAGGAAGAGGCGGCGGAGGAGGAGGAGGACGACGAUGACGACCUGGACGACAGCAGCGUGGAGGAGAUGAGGAGCGAGGGGGAGGAGGAAGACGAGGAGGAGGAGGACGACGAAGACGACGGACAGGACCGGAGCGGGCAGGUCGACGAUCUCUACAGCCCGGGGGAGGAGGAAGAGGAGGAGGAAGAAGAAGGGGAGGAUGAGGACGACGAGGAGGGAGAGGACGAGGAGGAGCGAGGGGUUUGACGAAGGACUUGAAACUUUAAUUUUUUAUUGAAGCACUUUGGCUCUGAUCUGUGUAACAGAUGUUCCUGAUGUUACACACGGCUUAACUCUGAAUGUCCCUGUACGGUUACAGACUUGAGCAGCUAACACAUUUUUGCCUCAAACCCGACUGGAUACACUGGAUGAGGACUUAGCUGGACGCUAAACUAACACGCUCUGAGAAUCUGCCAGUGUGAAUCUUACGCUUAACCUUGUGUCGCAUACUGCUGAACCUCAUUAAGGUGCUGCGUCGUCGAAGACCUCGCUGCACACACCUGAAUGUGAAUGUGAAAUACUAGAAUGUGGCGGGAAAGACUCAAAACACUUGUAGGUGAAUUUGGCGAAACCUCUGCAUGCCUGUGAUGACAGAUUUUCUACCACUUUGCUAAAUAUUUUACAAAAAUAUGUGCAAUUUGACGAAGCAGUAUUUACAAAUUUGAUCCAAUAUGUUUUCCCCGGAACUUUUUUGAUACAAGAGGUGCUAAACAGAGAGAGCUUCAGUACGCCAACCAUUACUUAAAAAAGAAUUCAAGUCCUUGAACGGCCCAGUUUUUAUCACCAUUGAAAGCCUUUUGAUAGGAACAGUAUUCUUGUAAACAUGCUAACACGUAUGCCCUGGAUAAGAGCAAACUAUUCUAUUAACAAUCUCCUUGAGUGGAACUGCAGGUAUGCAUUUGUUUUUGUUUUUUUCAUGCUAGUUAAACAUUGCAAGCCAAAGAGUAAGGAUGUGUGCGUGCAUGGAUCAUUUGAAGUUUGUUUGCUUGGCAUGACGCUAGAAAAAAAAGAAAAAUGCAAUGUGUCAGUAAUAACCGUUUCCAUAGGCGACAGGUUACCUUGCUUUUCAUAGAUGUGCUUUAAAAAAAGUAGUUGAUGCAUUAUUUAAAAAGAAGUGAAAUAUUCCUAUGCACAGUUCAUACAUUAUUCUCUAAAUAUCCGUUUUAGGUGAUUUUGCACUUUCCUAUAAAAUAAAACCUACUAUGUAAGGCCUGAUAUCUUUGAAUGUUGAAAGUGGAAUAUUAUUUUGAUACAAGUUCAAAAGCUAAUAAAUGAUAAUAAAGUCUGUUGAAAUGUG